UAGCAUGGCCAUCUGUAUCACUUGCACACACCCCAUAUCGCACCUCUACACGGUUUACGAAUCCGCGUACAACCUGAGACUUGAACAAUGCAGCAAGUGCCUGAAAUUUGCAGAUCCAUAUGUCGAACACGACUCUCUGACGCUCCUCUUGGACCUUAUUCUGCUGAAGCGGGAAGUGUAUAGACAUCUGAUAUAUAAUAGAGGGACGGAGCCGCGAAAGGCACUCGGGAAGAGCAAGACUGGUCUCGAGGGCAGUCAGGAAGGUACGGACAAACUGGCUGCUACCAAAAACCGACAAAGGGAGAAAGACAGGUGGUGGCUUAUUUUGAAGCUUGCCUGCGGGCUUAUCACCGUCGAUGCAUUUAUCCGGUGGGCACAGCUCAAUCCUCAGAUAUCCGCAGACGUUUCACGGUGGACGGUUGAAACCAACAUUGUCUUCCUCCGGAUCCUCAUUGGAUGCCUUAUAGAAACAUUUGCAUUUCAUGGAGGAGUGAUGUUUGCAUCGUAUUUUGUACUCGCAUUCUCGGAUUUUUUUCGUUCGAGGAGAAGUACCUCGCCAGCAGAAAUAUCAGGUGUUCGACAACAGUUCAAGUUCUCACUCGUCCCUCUGACAAUUUUCUACUCUUCCCUCACAAAACUUUUCCUUCUCUUCUUGCUCACGAUAUGGCGCCCUUCCGCAUCUAAACCUGGAGGUUCUCCAUACUAUUGGGAUCCUUCAUACUACAGCAGCUCUUUUGUCACACGUGCCCUCGAAAUAUGGGAUGAGGACAAACUAGAUCGUGAGUGGGUCGUUAGGAAUGUUUUGGGUGGAAUGGCGACUGGAUUUGGACUUCGGGUUGUGCUCGACUGUCAUCCUGUCUUUACGACAAUGGUGAUCCUUGUUGGGUGGUUAGCGAAAACAGUUGUUGCGGGAUUUCUCAAGAAUUGGGUGGGUGGAGACGAGCAUAGUGGUGACCAAUGGAUGGCAUAUAGUAUCCCGUAGUCUCCCAUAGUCCACUG